UAUCAAAACGAAAUAAAAAUGGUUAACACGUAAAAUACUAUAAAAAUGAAGCUGUUAAAAUUUCACCUUAGAUAUCAUCCUCCGGGAUUAGUUCUGGAAUACUUGCAGAAGGGUCUGGUGAAAAAUAAGGACAUAGAUCUAUUGGAUUUAAAUAGCAAUACCGACAUCCAAGAGCUAGCUAAAAAGCUGUACCAGCGUGAAGUCCUCAUCACCGACGAGGUCCGCGGCCAGCUCGAGCAAUGCUUGGAGACGCUGAAGAAGCGCAUUGAACAUGAAGGUCCUACUGGCAAGAGGUUCUAUAUCUACAAGACCUUGAUGACGCAUGUGUUGCCGCUCACGAAUGUAUGCUUUGAUAAACUUGGGGAAAGAUGUCUGACAGGCAGCUACGAUCGCACUUGCAAAGUUUGGGACGUGGAGUCGGGGAAGGAAACCAAGACGCUCUCUGGUCACCAGAAUGUUGUGUAUUCUGUUGGCUUUAAUUUCCCGGUGUGCAACCGCGUAAUAACGGGCUCGUUCGACAAAACGGCCCGUAUCUGGCGACCCGACACUGGCGAAUGUCUUGCGACCCUCUGGGGUCACACUGGCGAGGUGGUUGCCGCGCAGUUCAGCUGCAAGGGGGAGUACGCUGCCACAGGGUCCAUGGACAGCACGGCUAAACUGUUUGAUGUCAGAACUGGCACCGAAAUUAACACGUACGUGGGUCACACAGCAGAGGUGAUAGCUCUGCAGUUCGAUCCGAAUGAAGGCCAGAGGUUGAUCACCGGCUCCUUUGACGGCACCAUCUCUAUAUGGGACACGAGGGUUAAGGAUCGGGUAUCAGUUCUAAGCGGGCACUCAGGUGAGAUUUCGAACGUGCAGUUCAACUGGGACAGCUCCCUCGUGGGCUCGUCCUCGCUCGACGGCAGCGCGAAACUGUGGGACGCGAGGAAAACCGAGUGCCUUGCUACUGUCGCUGGACAUACUGAUGAGGUACUAGAUAUAUGCUUCGACUGGGCUGGCCAGCGGAUGGCCACAUCUUCGAGCGAUUGCUCCGCUCGCGUCUACGACGUGAGAUCUGAUUUCAAGGAGCUGGCGGUCAUGAAGGGACACAGGGAGGAGGUUUCUAAGGUCUGCUUCAGUCCAGCUGGUGGAUGCCUCCUAACAGCAUCAGCGGACAGGAGCGCCAGGAUCUGGAAUACCUCUACUGGAAACUGCUUGCAGGUGCUCUCCGGUCACUGCGGGGAGAUAUUCUCGUGCGCGUUCUCUUACGCGGGUGAUGCGAUCGUCACCGCGUCCAAAGACAACACGUGCAGGAUCUGGCGGUGAUUCGACUGGUGGUUCUAGGGAAAAAAAAGAGUGUGUGUACUUAUGUACACGCGUUAGAAGUUAUACUUCU